CUCUGAAACUCAUGGAAGCACGAAAAGUGGAUAAAUAAUAAAUUCUUCAGAGUUAUCAUUAAUAAAAGUAUCGAGUGCUUAAAUUGCCAUCAUUGAGGCCUACUGGCACCACUGUUUAUAAGAUGUUAGGGAGCUUAUUGCCAUUUCUUCAUAACUGAAUAGGUUGCGAUCUUAUUUUUAAAUAUUAACGAUGCCGGGGAGUCUAUAUUAAAAUAAAAGUAUUAAAAUAUAUGUAAUACUUCUUCACUUCAAAACAUUUUCACACAGUCCCUAAAUCUUUUCUUGGGUCCACCCACUGACCCACAAAAUAGCUCAAAGCGCUUCUUCUAAAAUCAUGCGGCAUGAUAAACUGGCCUCUUUGAUUUGGUUGUGUCGCAUUAUGAAAGAUGCUGUACUAUAAAAACAUCCUUUCGAUAAAACAUCUUAAAUAAACCAAUCAGCAUAAAAAGCUGCAAACAAAUGGCUGCAAGUGGCACUGGCGUAAUUAGUGACUUAUCUGAUUCAGUUUUGAUUUCACUGCUGUAGUUUGCGCGCUGCUGCUGCAUUCAAGAGGGCACGACCAUCCAGUUACCAACGUCUGAAGCUUUCUGAUAAAGGUCCUCCGUCGCCACCGGAGACUACGAUCCAACAGAACCGCUGGAUGGCGCUAAAACACCAGCGCUGCAUCAGGAGGCUCCACACGCGCUGUGAUGAAUCCGGCUGCUCUCAUCACUCGGACAGCUCAGAUCCAUUUCUCCAACUGCGAGAAAACGUUGCCAAACACCCAUCUGCAACCAGUAUGUUGAAGGGGGAUUGUAAAAAUCCACUGCAUCCCUGAAUUCAGAAAGUAUGAGUGACGGUCCGGCGUAUUGUCCAGCUGCCGUGGAGCUCUGGCGGAUGGGAAGUUGUGAGUCAGAGGCGGAGGACCAGUAACUUUUAUAGACUUUCAAGUCCACCGCCUCCAAGUAGCCGGCAGCCCCACUUUAGACUCAUUUCUCUCAGGGAUUGUGCGUCUGGAGAGCUUAACAUUAGACCAGUGUUUUAGGUUAUGUGUUGUCCAGGGCGUCUUGUAGCGACAAGGAAAUGCCAUUUGCCUAAAGAAGAGGCUUCCGUUUUUUUGUGGCUGGCAAUGGAGAAUAAAUGAAAGGGACAUUUCCCGGGAUUAACUGAGAGAACAACGGCAGAAUGCAGGAGAGGGACCUACAGAGCAUGUACGGAAGGGCGCUGCUGCUGACCGUCUGUAUGGUGUCUCUCUGGGGACAGCUGACCAGUGCAUCAUCACAUAGAAGCCACAUAGUUCAUGUGAAAGCAGGAACCUGUGAGGUAAUUGCUGCACAUCGAUGCUGCAACAAGAACAAGAUCGAAGAGCGAUCCCAGACUGUCAAAUGCUCCUGCUUCCCUGGACAGGUGGCAGGAACAACAAGAGCAGCUCCAUCUUGUGUAGACGCAUCCAUAGUUGCACAGAAGUGGUGGUGCCAGAUGCAUCCCUGCAUGGAUGGAGAAGAGUGCAAAGUGCUGCCCGACCUCAAAGGAUGGAGCUGCAGUACAGGAAACAAAGUUAAGACAACUAAGGUCACCCGAUAGUCGUCUGUUUCAAGGAUAACCUCAUUUGAAACCAGACACUGUUUCUUUGAUCAACACCGUUGGACAAUUGGAUGUCGUGUUUUGAGAAUUGGUGGUAACCAGGGACCAAUGAGGACAACAAUCACGGACAUUCCAGUGAAUGAAUGGAGGACCAGGGAGCAUCGUAUAAGACUACAUAUCCAAACAAAUUCCCGACUUUUGAUCUAGCAUCAACAGUAGCUGCCUCUGAACUCUACUGCCCACCAAAUCUCUCUUUGUAUUAUAGUUUUAUUCCUUUGGACUGGAGAUCUCAACAGUGAAGAUAUAUAUUGACUAAAGGACUCUGGAUAACAGAAAAAAAAUCACUCUUGAAACAAAACCAUGUGAUGUGAAACUUUUGUGUUAUUUUCUUGCCACAAAGAGCCCCAGGACUCUUGAUGCAUAUCUGUGUUGAUCUCGUGAGAUCAUAAGCAUUUCCGUUCCUUUUAGCCUUAUGGAGCAGAUAUCUCUUCUGUUUCUUUUUGCUAAUUUAAAGUGUCUGGCUUUUUUAAGUUUGUUAGGAUGUCAAGUCUUCUUUCUGAAAGACAAAAAGACAAUGCCACAACAAUGAAACCAAGAAAAAAUGUAAGAUGUUUAGCUACAGCUCACCAAGGGUCAACAUAGCUCAGUUCUGCCAAAAUGUUUUAAUGGUAUCUGUUGCUUUCAAAGCCUGGUGACUACUAUUCAUUACAAAUGUCAGUAUUAUAUCAAUAAAUCUAACUUAAUGGAUAUUGCUGUUUAAAAAAGAAAGUUUGAUUUUAUUUUUUUUUUUACAGUUUCUGUUAAGGCAUUUUGCAUACCAGGCCAUAGUGCUGUAUAGGCAGGAGCUGUUGGGACUUAAAAUUAGCAGGUCAAGCAAAUAAUCUGACAAAAAAAGCAGGAAGAGGGGGAGAGCUCACAGCUAAUCAAGGUUGUGUUCAUGGUGGAUUUGAAAUGUGAAAAUCAGCAAAUGCAAAAGUAGGCCAUGUUCAAAAAUACAAAUGGGUGAAAUCGCAUUGCACUGUUCUUCUCAAAAUUAACAGACUUAAAAAAAAGUAUCUGAAAUCUGGUCCAGGGAGAUAAUUAUCUCUUACCCUAAACAACCUUAAUCCUAUUUGGUUCAUUUCCCAAAGUAGAUGUUAGUGUCAUCCUUGGUUUAUUGCAUUAAAUUAAUGCUACCCAUCACAAUCAAAUUAUAGGACUUAUUUACUUGCUUUUUGAGAUCCCAUGAGGCUUUUUCUGUUAUAAAUCCAAAAUCCUUGUUACUAUGUGUAGUAAAAUAAAGCUUCUGAGGGAAUUAGACUGAGGAGUAUACAACAGGAGGUUGGAAGACAAUCAGUAAAAGGCACAGGAUUAUUUAGCCCUAGUGACAUAGCCAUUUGAGUGGGGUUCAAGGUCAAAUAAAACGUCCGUUCAUUCUGACACAUAUAAUAUAGUUAUUAUAGUUACUGAUGGACGGGAAGCUCUAUCAUGAAAGUUGGUUAGAACUGUGUUUCUUUGAGAAGUCAUAAGAAAGUUAGGGAUGCAAUUAUAGUUCACCUGCAUGUGAUGUAUACCUUAGGGACAGGAAAUCACAGUAUAUAAUGUCUCCCCCUUUUCUGAUAUGAUAAUAAAAGAAAUUAUAAUGUAUAUUUCCUCUAUAGGUGUCAUGUUUAUGACUCUAGGAAAAUAUCAUAUAAUCUGUGCAAAAACGGCAUUUUAGUAAUUUCUUUUGGUUAAAAAAAAUAUUUAAAAGAUCAAACAUUACUUUGUGCUACACUUUCAUAAAUCCAGAGAUUGCAAAAGAGAGAAAAAAAAAGAAAAAGGGAAAGCUUCAGUUUAGACUCAAAACAAACCCUCACUUUAUGGGGAAUUUCAUAUUUUCUAAGUCAAUUUCCAUCUGUAAGUGAAGCGGUACAUUUGCCACUGAAUGCUUCUUAUACUAAACACAAUUAAUUAAACAAAAAAUGUAAAAAGCUUGCUCCCAAAGACCAGACCCCAGGGACUGAUGCUGAAGGGGAGGAAUGAGAAGGUUUGCUAUGGUUAAGCGAUCCAGGUUGCCUCUUGUUUGGUUAGAAAUCAUUAAAUUACAGUAAUGACUAAUUUCUCAUUCCUGCAUGCAAUUCACUGGAGACCACCAUGGAUUUAAUAAAGAGCUGGCGAUGAAUUACAAACAGUGAAUGGCUGAGGAAAAGCUACGUGAUUAUACAGAGUAAUUCAUAAGUGCAUUAAUAAAACAAUACAGAAACAUUGCUAAAUCAUUUGAGAUAAAGGCUAUUUGCAUAAUUCAUUAAGAUUAAUCAGACCAGGCAAUCUACCACAGUGCUCCAAGGAAAAGAGGGAGAAGACAUGAAUCCGUUCCCCUGGAAAAACCCUUUCUAUCUACAAACAAUGAUACAAAUCUACCCUUGGAUCAGAGAAUUAACCUCUGUGCACUUACAGCCCCUGCAGUGCUGAAACACAAUCCUUCAGUCAUUCACCUUUAUGCGGGCUAAUAUUCUAUUAAUAAUGAAAGAUCUUUUCAUACCAUUGCUCCUCUGGGUUUUGUUGCUUUGCCAUAAAAGACCUUCACAGAAGUUGAAUGGAAAUACAGUUUUUGUGUUCGGAAACCACAGUGCAAAGCUGAGGUCUAGCUGUUUGACAAUUUUGUUAUUCACUUCUGUAUUUCAUUCUCUGAAGUUAAAUAACUUGGAUGGGAUGUAUGGGAUGAGUUUGGCAUUGGUUACAGAUCACAGGCAGAAAGUAAAACUGCUGUGGCCCUCACUCCAGACUUUAUCACACAAUCAGCUCUAAUUGGGCACUAGUGUGAUUAAGCAUACUAUUUCUUUAGUAACAUUAUAUCAGAAAGGUCAUGCAGAACAACAAAAUUGACAUUGCUUUACAACUCUGAUUGACUCUUAUAUUGCAGAAUAUAUUUCUUAGCUUUCAAUAUAUAAGGACCCAGGUAGGUAGACAUGCAAACAUCGAGUGAACAGUUAUUGUUGUUAAAUGGACUGAUUCUUAUACAGUGCUUUUCUACUCCAGGAGCUUUUUUACUCCCGGAGCACUUAAAAGCGCUUUUUACAAUAUGGCACACUCACCCAUUCACACAAGCACUUUCUUCUAUGCUUUUUAGUCCUUACUAUCCAACAUUCACACGCGUUCAUACUCCAAUGGAUGCAUCAGAGAGCAACUUGGCAUAUUUGGCCAGCAGACUGGGCUACAGACAGUUGUUAAAUCCAAAGAACUACAAAGUCAAAAAACUCACUAGAAACUAGAAAACAAAAGGACUACACUUACCUGCCAGUUCAUUAGUUACACAGUUUUUAGUACCUGGAUGCAUUUUUUUUUCUUUCAGAACUGCUUUAAUUCUUUGUGGCGUAGAUUUAGCACAGUGCGGGAAACAGGAAUUUUGAUCCAUAUCACAAGUUUUAGCUGCUCAUCUGAAUUUCCCAUUCCACCACAUCUCAAUGAUGCUCUGCUGGACUGAGAUCUGUUGUCUGUUGAGGCCAUUUGAGUACAGUGAACGCACUGUCAACAUCAAGAAGCCAGCACGAAAUGAUUUGUGACAUGCCAUAUUAUCCAGCAGGAAGCAACAAUCACACUGUGGUUAUAAAGGGAUGGGCAUGGUCAGCCACAAUACUCAGGUAGGCUGUGAUGUUUAAAUGAUGCUCAGUUGGUAUGAAGGGGACCAAAGUGUUAACCCCUCCACAUUAUAUUGAACUAUUGAUACAAGGCAAACAGAUCCAUGCUUUCAGGUUAUUGACAUCAAAACACGUAACAGAUUUUGGUGAGCCUGUGAAAAUUGUAGCCUCAGUUUCCUGUUCUUAGUUGACAGGAGUGGCAUCCGGUAUGGUCUUUUGCUGCUGUAGUCCACUAAUUCAAGGUUCAAGGUUUGAUAUGUUGUGCAUCCAGAGAUGCUUUUCUGCAUACUGGUGUUGAAACAAGGAGUUAUUUGAGUUUUUAUAGACUUCUUGUCAGCUAGAAGCAGUCUCUCAUUCUCCUUUAACCUUUAGGCAUAGGCCUAAAUAUAUUUAGCAGCUUCCACAUGAUUGGCUAAUUUGAUACCGGCAUUAACAACCAAUUGAAUAUGCAGUGAGUGUGCAUAGGAGGUAAAGAAAAUAAAGCGUAGGACACAGCAGAAUAGGACACAGGAGUAUAACAACACACAGCUGAAACUAAUCAAGUUAAAGCCACGUAACAAAGUAAAACUAAAUGUAUGACACAGUAAACAAAUUAUGUACGGAUCCCUGCAAGGGAGAUGGGAGAAAAAAAGAAUGAAGAUGGACUUUUGUGAAAUCUCACAAAACUUUUGCGAGAUUUCACAAAACUUCGAACUGGUGGGUAACAGAUGUCUCCGAAAACAUCGGAGCACUUUUGCAAAUAUGUGAUGUCUUGAUAAA